GUGGGCGAGACAGCGGGGGCGGACCCCGAGAUCUAGGCCCCGCCCCCGGGCUCGAGGCCCCGCCCCCCUGUGAGCCAGCAAGGGGCCGGCCCUGACGAACCUGGAUCUCACUUUGAAAUAUUCCGCUGUCUUCCUCCCCGCCCCCAGACCUUGUGGCCCUAGGCCCCACCCCUUUAGAACGUUGUCCUUAGCUCCUCCCCCUUAUAAAUGCGCCGCCCCUCUUCGUUAGUCCCUCCCUCGAAGCCCCGCCCGUUACGGACACCGCUACGUAGCUCCUCCCUUUAGGCUCUCAUGUGCUCCGCCCAUAAGGCAAUUUACUUCUAAACUCCGCCCUUUAAGGACCCCCCACUGCAUCUCUUCCCAAGACCCUCUCCUCCCUCAGGCCUGCCUAGAAGGUUCAACCACCGUGGACCCGCCCCUUCCAUGACGCAAGUGCUUGUCCGCGCCCUCGGCGUCCUCAACGACUCUCCUUCCCAAGGCCCUCUGGCCCCGCCCCCUUGCGAAGGCUCCCUUCUCGCCCCACCCCUUUUCGAUCCCUACCAGGUAGUCAGCCCCUCCCAUUUAGAACCCAAAGAGCAGACCCUCACCUUUUUAGAACCCUGAGAACAGGCCAUGUCCCGGACCCUUCCCCCCAUCCUCAGGGAUCAAUGGCGCGGAUGAGUGGGAAAGUGGGGUGAUCUUCUCUGGAUCCCGAGAAAAUGGGGGCUGGGGGGCUGUUCGCUGGAGCCAGUGGCGGGCUCUAGGACCCAGCGGGCAAGUACGCCCGCCUCGCGCUUACCCCUCCCCCAAGCCGCCCCCUCCCCCUCACCCAUCUUCCAGGUUCCCCCUCCCUCCCCCGUCGCCCCGGCUCCCGGUGCCCGUCUCUAGCGCCGCCGGAGCCAGCGAGGGAGCCGGAGCGAACAGGAGGAGGAGGAGGAGGAGGCCAAGUCGCCGCCGCUCGGAGCCCGGCCGGAGCCUCCCAGGCAGGUACAUGGUUCAGGUCCGAGCCGUGGUGAUGGCCCGAGAUGACUCCAGUGGGGGCUGGCUGCCUGUGGGGGGCGGGGGCCUCAGCCAGACCACCUUGGAGUGUACCCUGAGGCCAGGCUUGGUUUACAACAAGGUGAACCCCAUCUUCCAUCACUGGAGCCUGGGUGACUGCAAGUUUGGGCUGACGUUUCAGAGUCCCGCAGAAGCGGACGAGUUCCAGAAGAGCCUGCUGGCUGCACUGGCUGCACUGGGGCGAGGCUCGCUCACCCCCUCUUCCUCCUCCUCUUCCUCCUCCCCUUCCCAGGACACCGCAGAGACUCCCUGCCCUCUGACGUCCCAUGUGGACAGCGAGUCCUCCUCCAGUCACAGCCACCAGGAGACGCCUCCCACCGCCGCGGCGGCCACUAUCAUCACUGUGGAGUCAGCUUCUGGCUUCGGGCCGGCCACGUCCCCCCAGCGCCGGCGCUCCUCCGCUCAGAGCUACCCUCCGCUCCUACCGUUCACGGGGAUUCCGGAGCCCUCAGAGCCCCUGGCCGGGGUAGGGGGCCCGGGCUGGGGCGGCCGUGGCUAUGAGGAUUAUCGGCGCGCUGGGCCGCCCGCACCCCUCGCCCUGUCCACCUGCGUCGUGCGCUUCGCCAAGACCGGCGCGUUGAGGGGUGCAGCCCUGGGGCCUCCCACCGCGCUACCCGCCCCUCUCGCCGAGGCUGCGCCCCCAGCGCCCCCGGCUCGCCCACCACCCGGCCCCGGCCCUGCCCCUGCGCCGGCCAAGGCCUCCCCGGAGGCGGAGGAGGCGGCGCGCUGCGUGCACUGCCGUGCGCUCUUCCGCCGCCGAGCUGACGGGCGUGGUGGCCGCUGCGCGGAGGCCCCGGACCCGGGUCGCCUGCUGGUGCGCCGGCUCAGUUGCCUGUGGUGCGCCGAGAGCUUGCUCUACCACUGCCUGUCAGACGCCGAGGGCGACUUCUCGGACCCGUGCGCCUGCGAGCCGGGCCACCCGCGUCCCGCCGCGCGCUGGGCCGCGCUGGCCGCCCUCUCCCUGGCGGUGCCCUGCCUCUGCUGCUAUGCGCCCCUGCGCGCAUGCCACUGGGUCGCGGCACGAUGUGGCUGCGCUGGCUGUGGGGGUCGCCACGAGGAGGCGGCGCGGUGAGGACGGCCUGGUGGGUCCAGUAGCUGCACCGAGGACCCAAAAUUGAGGGUCCAGGACCCUGGACUCUGUUCGGACCCCAAACCCAAACCUAGGCACACCCGGAACUUGGAGCUUGAGUUUGGAUUGAGAGACCCCAGACCUGGAACCUGGACCCCAAAUCUAGGACUGAGAGACCCCAGACCCAGCUUCAUUGGGAUGUCUGUCCAAGAGGUCCCAGGCAUCCUGAGUUCUGGUGUCCCCAUCCUGCCGCCAUCCCCUCCCUGACCUAGACUGAGGAGACUCCAGGCAUCCCCCAGACUCUACACCUCUGGCAGGCUGGGGAGCAUCUGUAUCCCUGAGAGAUGCAGGGCCCUGAACCCCAACUCCCUGUUCACAUAACCAACCCAGACCCUAUCAUGCCUGAUGCCAUGAACCCUCAGAUUACAGCCCCGGAGUUAGUCAGCAGUUACCAGUACCCGACCCUGCCUGUAUACGAUUCCUCCCAGAUCUUGAGACCGUAGAACCCAGAUUCACCCCAGAUGGUCACCGAAUGCUCACCUAAAACUUGGGGCACCCAUAUCUGAGAUGUUCUUGUAGCCUCCAGGACCCCUGAGACACCAAACUCUCUUACAAUGCCCUGAGUCGUUCGAUAUGCCCAAACAGAUGUUCUCCGACCAAGAUGACUUGGGAGACCCAUCUCAGAGUCUCUCCCAUUCCCCCCAACCAAGAUCCAGAUGUCAGACUCCAAGAUGCUCUGGGAGCCAAGGACCAAAGACCUCUGUAGACCCACCCACCCCAAGGCAGUGUCCCAAGGAGCUUUGGAUCUCCUAUAUGGGACUCUGAUGUGCCUCGUACUCCCCUAUGUAGUACUGAAGGCCACCAACACCUUGGGGCCCAAGACACUGGUCCCAAGUCCUCGGAUAACCCUUUUUCAAAACCCAUUAGACUUGGAUUUCAAGCCCCAUAAUAGUCUGGAAUCUUUGGCUGCUUUGUAUCCACAGAUCCUCAAUUCCCUAAAGGCUGGAAGCCCAGCUCCCAGAAGAUGGGAUGUUCAUGGCAACCCAGACCUCUGACCCCUUGGCCCCCAGCCCCUGAGCGACCCCAAGGUGCUUUGGGAGCACUGGUCCCAAGACCCCAAGGUGCCAUUGAUACCCCAAAUUCAGGGCUCAAGCCUACACAACAUUGUGAUUGUCCCUGCUCAAGACCUUGGUCCCUCCAUACCAGAGACAGAACUGAAGUGCCCCAGGGCCAUAGCACCUUCAGAUCCCAGAUUUCUUUGGACUCAAGCCUCUUAAGCCUGAUAUUCCCCAAGACCUGCUGCCCUUGAAUCCUGAUGUCUAUAAGCCCCUGAAACCCCAAGGUCCCAGACCUCUGAAUUCAAGUCCUAAGGAUCCCAGCCCAAGCCCCCAGCAUCUCACAGAACUACCCUUUUACUAGGGUAAAAAACAAACAUUUUGAGCUCAUGUUUCUGAAUUCCAGAACUACCCCAGAGCUCCCCCACUCCCAUCUUUAGGACCUAGCAUUGCCGUAGAUGAUUGUGCAAGCUGUUCACUAAUCAAAGCCACACAGUCAAGGUGGGAGUGUGGCUGGAAUUCACACUGCACUCUGCUGGCUACACUGUGCACGAAGUCACUUUUUAGGCUACCUAUGGAU